GAGAGGAGGUGCCAGACUCCGGCGCCGCGUGCGGGCAACGAGGGGGAUAGGAGGCUGCUGAGGCGGCCGGAGGAGGAGGAGGAGAAAGGGAGCAGGGAGCAGGGAGCAGCGAGCAGUGAGCAGCGCCGCUUCGUCGGCCCGACGGUGCUGCUGCUGCCACUUCCCCGCUGGGUGCUCGCCUGCYCGCGAGCUCGAUCCGCUCCCGGAAACUCUCGGCUCGCGCCUCAGUCGCGCCGGCGGGGUCUCGACACGGCUCUCGGCCCCGGCGCGGCGGGCGGGGGAGGGGGGUUGCGGGGGGCAACUUCUCCACUUCUCCGGAGAAGGAUUUGGGCCGCCCCGCUCGGGGGGCGGUGGCGCCUGCGGUGCCCGCGGCAGCGGGAGAACUUUCGCCUCCGAUCGCGGGGCGGCGAGAGGGGCCCGGGUGCGCCGGCCKCGGCGGGAGCAGCUUGGCGGCGGCGCCGGCCCGGCAGCCUCGGAGAUGAAGCUGAGCCGGCAGUUCACGGUGUUCGGCAGCGCGGUCUUCUGCGUGGUGAUCUUCUCCCUGUAUCUGAUGCUGGACCGCGGCCACUUUGACCACCCAAAGAGCCCCCGGCGGGAGGGCACCUUUCCCAAGGGCCAGCUUUCAAUAUUGCAAGAAAAAAUAGAUCAUUUAGAACGCCUGUUGGCAGAAAAUAAUGAGAUUAUUUCAAACAUACGUGAUUCUGUGAUCAAUCUGAGUGAAUCAGUAAAGGAUGGUCAAAAAAAUCCAGAGGUUAUAAACUUCAGUCAAGGAUCUUUUGCUGAGCUGUUCCCUUCUGCUUCAUCUUUGCUUGCUGUUGAUUCUGAGGAUUGUUUAUUUGCUUCAAAAAGUGGAAGUCACAGUUCAGAUGUCCAGAUGCUGGAUGUCUAUGACAUUCUUCCUUUCGAUAAUCCAGAUGGUGGCGUUUGGAAACAAGGAUUUGAUAUUACAUACAAUGAAAACGAAUGGGACAGUGAACCACUUCAAGUUUUUGUUGUGCCUCACUCACAUAAUGAUCCAGGUUGGCUGAAAACUUUUGAUGAUUACUUCAGAGAUCAGACACAGCAUAUUUUAAAUAACAUGGUCAUAAAACUGCAAGAAGACAACCGAAGGAAAUUUAUAUGGUCUGAGAUUUCUUACUUUGCAAAAUGGUGGGAUGGAAUAGACACCCAAAAAAAGGAUGCUGUUAAAAGGUUAAUAAAAGAAGGACAAUUUGAAAUAGUAACAGGAGGAUGGGUCAUGCCUGAUGAAGCUUCUGCUCAUUAUUUUGCUGUAAUUGACCAAGUGAUAGAAGGACACCAGUGGCUAGAAAAGAACGUUGGAGUAAAACCAAAGACAGCAUGGGCAGUUGAUCCAUUUGGGCAUUCACCAACAAUGGCCUACCUUCUGAAGCGCACAGGAUUUAACAAUAUGCUCAUACAGAGAGUUCAUUAUUCAAUUAAAAAGCAUUUUUCAACACAAAAGACACUAGAAUUUUUUUGGAGACAGAACUGGGAUUUGGGAUCCAGUACAGAUAUUCUUUGUCAUAUGAUGCCUUUCUAUAGCUAUGAUAUUCCUCAUACCUGUGGCCCAGAUCCGAAAAUCUGCUGUCAGUUUGAUUUCAAGCGGCUUCCUGGAGGAAGAAUAAGUUGUCCUUGGAGAGUUCCACCAGAAGCCAUUCAUGCUGGAAAUGUUCAACACAGGGCCUGGCUUAUAUUAGAUCAAUAUAGGAAAAAGUCAAAACUUUACCGUACAAAAGUCCUGUUGGCUCCACUUGGGGAUGAUUUCCGCUACGUUGAGAGUUCGGAAUGGGAUCAGCAGUACCAGAAUUAUCAGAAGCUGUUUGAUUAUAUGAAUUCUCGUCCUGAUUGGCAUGUUAAGGCCCAGUUUGGAACUUUAUCUGAUUACUUUGAAGCUCUGCGCAAAGCAAGCAAUUUGGGUGAAAAGAGCAGCAAUUCAUUUUUUCCUGUUUUGAAUGGAGACUUCUUCACCUAUGCAGACAGAGAUCAUCAUUACUGGAGUGGGUACUUUACAUCCCGACCCUUCUAUAAACGCCUGGACAGAAUCUUGGAAUCCUACAUACGGGCAGCUGAAAUUCUCUACUCCUUCGCUUUAGUACAGUCCAGUAAAUUUGAGAAGAUGAGUGCAUUUCCUUCUGUCGAUAACUAUAAAUUGCUGACAGAAGCUAGGAGGAACCUUGGACUCUUCCAACACCAUGAUGCUAUUACAGGAACAGCCAAAGAUUGGGUAGUUGUGGAUUAUGGCACCAGGCUUUUCCAUUCAAUAAUGAACGUGAAGAAAGUGAUAGUUGACUCUGUUCAUGUUCUUAUCCUGAAGGACAAAAGUGCUUAUUAUUAUAACACAGCAACUCCAUUCCUGAAGAUGGACGAUGUUCAGGCUUCUCAAGAUUCUUUGCCGCGCAAGAUAGUUAUAAAGUUGACAUUGCAACCAAGAUACCUUUUGGUACACAAUCCUACGGAACAAGAGCGAUUUUCAGUGGUUUCAGUCACUGUGAAUUCACCCAAAGUUAAAGUGUUGUCUCCUUUGGGAAAACCUCUUACUGUCCAGAUUAGUGCUGUUUGGGAUGGAGCAACUACAGUAUCACGUGAAGCUUAUCAGAUCUCUUUUGUGGCACAUGUACCACCUCUUGGGAUUGCAGUUUACCAGGUCCUGGAGGAUGAGAAUUCAGAAGCAGUUUUAGCUGACUAUAACAUAUAUGUAAGGCAUAGCAGACAGGAUAAUCCAGACACAGUUUUCAAGAUAAAAGGGAUGCAGAAUUCUGUGGAUAAUAUAAUCUUAGAAAAUGCCUACAUGAAGCUGUGGUUUUCUGGAAUGUCUGGAUUACUGGAGAAAAUAAAUACCAAAGAAGAUGGUAAAAAUCAUCAAGUGAAGGUGGAUUUUGCUUGGUAUGGAACUACCAGUAACCGAGAUAAAAGUGGAGCAUAUCUCUUCAUACCAGAUGGUGAUGCCAAGCCUUAUAUUUUUACAGAUCCACCUACCAUAAGAGUUGCUCAUGGAAAGAUUUUCUCAGAAGUUGUUUGUUUUUUUCACCACAUGACACAUACUGUGCGGCUGUAUAAAGUCCAGGGUUUGGAAGGACAGUCUCUUGAAGUUUCCAAUAUUGUGGACAUUAGAGGAGAAUAUAACCGUGAACUUGCAAUGAGAAUUUCAUCUGACAUAAACAGUCAAAAGAGAUUCUAUAGUGACCUUAAUGGAUAUCAGAUCCAGCCCAGACUGACAAUGAGCAAGUUGCCUAUUCAAGCAAAUAUCUAUCCUAUGACUACCAUGGCUUAUAUCCAAGAUGUUGGCGUUCGUUUAACACUUCAUUCAGCUCAGUCUCUAGGUGUUGCAAGCUUGAAAAAUGGGCAGCUGGAAGUGAUCAUGGAUCGUCGACUUAUGCAGGAUGACAACCGUGGCCUUGGACAAGGUGUUCAGGAUAACAAGAUUACAGCUAAUGUCUUCCGACUGCUGUUGGAAAAAAGACAUGGAUCAGAUGUGAAUGAAGAGAAGGCACCAGUCAGUUUCCCAUCACUUCUUAGCCAUAUGACUUCUCUUUUCUUAAAUCAUCCUUUUAUUCCAAUGACAAUAAAUGCAGAUUCAGGUGUCCCAGAAUUGAUAAAUACUUUUUCUCCGCUGAUGUCAUCCAUGCCUUGCGACAUACAUUUAGUCAAUCUGAGGACAAUCCAAGCAAAGGUAGAUACCAAGCCAUCUGAUGAGGCUGCUCUGAUUCUUCACAGAAAGGGAUUUGAUUGUAGAUUUUCAAACAAAGACACAGGUCUGCUCUGUUCCACUACUCAGGGAAAGAUAAAGGUUCAUAAACUCUUUAGCAAAUUCAGAGUGGAAAGUCUUACACCCACAUCUUUAUCUUUGAUGCAUUCACCUCCAGAUGCCAGAAAUAUAAGUGGAAUAAAUAUGGGUUCUAUGGAGAUAAAUACGUUCCGGAUUCGGCUGAGAUGAAGCCCUGCUUUAAUACUCAGAGAAGAAAAAUCUGCAAUUGUAUCUCCUCUGAGAUUCAUGUGCAAUAAGAAGCACAUUGAUGUAAUUCCAGCUUCUGGAUACUGUGAGAAAAAGAUGCAUUCUAUUUUUUUUUUUUUUUACCAGCACAAUGAAAAGCCAUGUUGCAAGCAACUUUUUUUUUUCGUUCAGGUUUUUUUUGCCCCCCCCUCAUAAAAUAGCAGCAUCAUUAUCAGUUAACACAACAAGUGAAGAAAUUACUAAAGAUGUUAACCUCUCAACAGAUUAAAUCUCAGGUUAAAUGCCAAUUAAUGAUGUUUCUGGUGUUUUAAUUUUCAUAAAUAGGGGAUUGGAUUUUAAACAGCCUUCUUUUCUUGAUUCUUGAUGUAUUUAUGUAUGAAUAACUCAGUGUAGAAAGUCCUGAUGCAGCUUGGAAAUAAAAUGGAAUAAAAUGUU